UGUUUUAGUGAAUACUCAAACCCAAAUAAAAUCAAGUAGGCCGAAGAAAACCAAUUUUUGGUUUAAAAAAUAAACCUUCCAAUUUACUCAUAUUAGCCUCUAGCAACUCAAAAACUGUUCCAAAUUAUAGAAUUUGCUUAAUAGCCAGGGAAGCUGUUUUUAGCCAAAAUACGACAUGAACUAUUUGAUUCAACGCGGAAAGGUACGCCAGCAGGCUAUCAACGUGCCGGAAGGAUUGCCGGAAAUACUCUCAGACAUCACCCGGGAGGUGUUGAGGUGCCAGCCGACCAAGGAGUGCCUCUGCCAGUUCAUCAUUGACUACCUGCACUCCGUAAUUGUGACCAGGGAGAAGGCUCUAGUGGCCAAAACCAUUUUGGACAGGGCCCUACGCCAAGUGGAUAGCAUUAUCUCGGACCUGUGCGUCUGCGACCUAUCCAAAGAAAAGUCGGAGCUGAUGGGCCAAGUGUUGGAGGACUGUUUCCGUAACUUCUUAGAGAAGCGCCGCUGCGAGAUGCGCCGUGGCAAGCAGACCAUAAACUUUGAGGAUGUCGACAUCCUGGAGGAACUGCUCGCGAAGUGCCAUUUCUCCGAUGAGGAGUUGGUUCUUUCACGACCUGCCAUAGAGGGUGCCUACAAGCGCUUCGUGGAAGCUUACAUGGCAGCCCAAAAGGGCGCCGACGGUACGGAGCUCCUCUAUCAGUACUUCCGCGAUCGGGAAAUGAAGCGAAUCCAGGAGUCCAUGCGCGAACAAGCGGCUAUUACGAUCCAAGCGGCCUGGCGCGGAUACUAUGUGCGCACCCAGUUUCCGAAGCAUAUCUGUGUAUGCACCUGUGCGCUGGAUAAAGAGGGCGAUGAGGAAGAGAGGCGCAGGAACGAGGCGGCUAUGGUUCUUCAACGCUUUUUCCGCAGGGUUAUGCUGCGCGCUGCUACUAAGCCGGUACCGGAUCCUUGCGCUGAUCCAUCCCCACACUUCUCAAAGGAGGACAGCUCUUCGCCUUAUGGCACGAAGGAUCUCGAAAGCACUACUGCACCAGAACCUGCACCUGGAACUGCUACUGGAACUGCAGCUGGAACUGCUCCUGGAACUGCACCUGGAACUGCCCCUGGAACUGCACCGGCAUCGGGUCCAGCAACGGCACGCGGCUCUGAUAUGAAUGUAGAUCAUGUGGAAGAAGCAGCUCCCGCCGAGGGUGAAGCUCCAGCAGCAGAUGCUGCCCCCGAGGGUUCUGCACCAGCAGAAGCUGCACCUGCGGCCGAAGUCCAAGAAGCGCCCGCAGAAGCCCCGCCUGCAGAAGAGGCACCACCUGCAGAGGCUGCUCCACCCGCCGAGGAAGCGCCACCAGCCGAGGAAGCAGCACCGCCACCGCCAGCAGAAGAGUCUGCGCCACCGGCUGAAGAAGCCGCGCCCGCAGAAGCCCCGCCAGAAGAAGCACCAGCCGAAUAGGAGUCUAUCGCUUUG